AUGUCUGUGUUAUCGGGCCAAUCCUUCUCCUUAGCGUCUCCUGAACGGGCAGCGCCUUCGGAAAGUUCCCUUGCAGAUGGCACCGACGGCAUCCUCCAGGACGAGGACAGCAGAUCCGGCGCGAUUGCAGCCGUUACAGCUGUCACUGCUUCAAGAGCCGGUCCACAGCCUGGUCCAUGCCACAGUCCUGGAUCACAGCACACCAUUCACCUGUCAAGUAUAGAGCAUUGCAUGCCGCGAUCGUACAUUCGAAUCUGCCUCGCAUAUCGACUCCCAGACACCAUCCUGCUUCCAGAUAUUGUCGAGAGGCUGAACAGAUUCGUCAGAAAAGCUGUCGACGCGAAGCCUUACCUCAGUGGUUUUGUGGUGGGUGCCAAAGAUCCCGGCAGUCAGAUUGGUGCAGUGGAAAUCCAGUUCUCGGACGACGAUUUUUUGCACUAUCCCAGAGUCGGUGUACGCCACCUGACACGUGAAGAAGUUCCAUACACGUAUGACGAGCUCGACCAGAUGGGCCUACCGCCUAGUGUCAUCCGGCCCGACCUUGUUUCAGCACUAGGGGAGUCUGCGGAUGAAGAAAGAGCUCCUGUCUUCUGGGUACAAGCCAACGUGCUGGAAGGCGGCCUCAUCGUGUCUGUUUACCUCCACCACUGCAUUUCCGACGGGACGGGCAUUGGCUUGCUGAUCUCGGGGACGGUGCUGAACGACGAUUUCACCUUUCAACGUCACCUGGACACCCGGGGCCAUGAUACACCCACAUUGUCCAUGAGGCUGGAGGCUUUCGCCCAUCACAAGAGUGUGGUCCGGCAGCAAUUGUCGUACAGUCUUGCGAAUCAGAUCAAUGACCGAGAGCUGAAGUGGAAACGCCUCGAGGCAGCACCGCAGGGAGAUUCUCGUACGAAGCCCCGCGGCCGUGGAUGUAUCAUCGCUUUCUCCUUGAGUAAGCUUGCCAACCUGAAAAUGCAGGUGGAGCGGCAUGCUGAGGGUCAUUUCAUGACCUUAAAUGACGUGCUACAAGCUCUGAUCUGGCGCAGCAUGACAAAAGCCAGAGUUCCGUCGUUAUCGCAAGAGCCUUCGGUGAAAUCCUCCAAGUUGAUCAUACCCAUCAACAUCCGGAAUAAGCUCAAAUCCCCACUGUCAGGAUCGUACUUUGGCGCAGCCAUUGAUUUUGCCUCGGUUCAAAUGCCGCUGUCUUCUCUCACUGACUCCAGCAUAUCUUCCAUGGCUCAUACCGCCAAGGCCAUUCGGAAGGGCAUCAAUGCCGUUGACGAGCCUUAUAUCCGCCAGGCGAUCGCGCUGGCAAGACAUCCCGAUCCUCAAAUUGACGUUCGGGACCUCCAAGCCAGCAAUAUGGAGCGGAUCCGCGGAGCCGACAUGUACAUAACAAGCUGGGAGAAGUUGAAAUGCUACGACGCCACGUUCGAGAUGGGUCUUGGACCACCAGACUGGGUCCGCAAGCCGUGGUCCAAAGACCCCGGCUCGUGCAUUGUUCUCCCAUACGACCAGCGCAAGGAUUACCUCGAGGUCGUCAUCCAAAUGACCGAGGCCGACAUGGCACGGCUAUUGGAAGACGACGAGUUGAUGGAUCAUGUGGUACGAGUAAUAGACUGA